AUGGAGCCUACCCUUCCGUCCAAACUCAAGGCGUUCUUCCCUUCGUCGUCAACCCCGCAAGGGACGACUAGCCUUUCGAUUGACCAGAACUACCUCAUUGGGCUCCGUGGCCUACUCGUGUUCCAAUCUUUUCUCUUCGUCUUCUUCCAGACAUUCCUCCCAGCCGCCCUUCCCGACUCGAAGAACGUUGACGGCCCGACAUACCAGGUCGUACUUCGCAAGUCUUUUUCAGUGCUCUUCGCCAACGAGGCUCUGAUCUACUCAUGGAUUAUCUUCCUCUCUGCCCGAACUAUCUGCUUGCCAUAUCUCGCCAACAAGACUCGCGAAGUCGGUGCCUCCAGUAUCUUUCGUCGCGGUAUCAGGUUAUGGAUUCCCACUUUCAUUGCAUACUCUUUCGCGGCAGCAGCCUUUAGCACAAGCUCAACCGACUACAUCUCCGAAUUCUUGGCUUCCACUGGCAACAUCUCCACCAUCGCACCAAUGCGCCUCCGUAACUUCCUGCUCUACUUCAACUCCCUUUUUGAGAUUUUCUGGGUCAACAAGCGCUACGCUAGUCAAGCUGCCAACGAUGUAUUUCCAUCAGGGACCCUUUGGAUAGUGUCUGUGCUAUUCCAGCAAAGUUACACCGUCUACAUUACCAUGAUUAUUGUCCCGAACACCCGCACUUCAUGGCGCGUCAAGGCCAUGUUGGCCUUCAUCGUAGCAGCAUUCUGGGUGCAGAGUUGGGCCUGGUACAGUGUCACUGGUCUUAUCAUCGCUGAUGCGGUUCUCAACAUGGACUUCCAGUUCCGGUCCCUGAAGGGAUUCAAGAUCGGUAACUUCGGCAUACCGGUCUGGCCACUGUACGCCAUCAUGGUGGUAACCGGUUUUAUACUGCAAUUCGCCUUUAUCUCCGGGAAGCCUAGCAUGCGCGACAACGAACUAUACGGCCACACUGCGCUAUACGACGAUGGGUUCCUGAACGAGAACGCUGACCUGGAUCAGCCAAUGCCGAGGGUCGACAAUUACCUCAUCAUCCUUGGAUCGAUGCUCCUCAUCGAGACGUUCGAGUGGCCUCGAUCUGUGCUUCGCGGCGGUUUCUUUGUUUCGCUAGGCAAGAGGAGUUUCAGCUGGUUCCUCGUCCAAUCCAUAAUCAUAUACACCGCCGGUAUCAAGCUAUACACACACAUGGUCACCGCCGGCAUGAACAACGCUGCGAGCAGUUUCGUGUGCUUCUUGGUUUGCGCUCCUCUCGUUGCAAUCGUAGCGGAGGUUUUCUACCGUGUCGUUGAUCUGCCGAGCGUCGUACUGGCUAGAAGCUUCUGGGCGUUCAUGACGAAAUAA